UAACGUUUUGAAUUAUUCUGGUGUGUUUAUCAUAAUAUCGAUCGUAAAUGAAAUUUAUUCAAGUGUAAUAUUAGAUGUUUGUUUAGAAGUGUUAGUGAACAAUGUUUUGUGUGUGCAAAGUGUGUGAUUAAGUGUUUUGGAGUGUGUUGUUUGUAAGUGAAGUGGUUUAGUAAAAAAACUUUAUCAAACAUGGUGAGUUUGGAGUCAUUGAUGAAUGUUUACAUCAACAAGCGGUCAUGUUCGGUUACAUUUUGUGUCCUCGUGGGUAUACUCGAGACCAUCAUCCAGAACAGCUACCUUGACACCAUAACCUGUUAUCCCCUGAUGGUAAAGCGGUAGAACAUUCAGGUCCAGCUUUGGAUAAUAACAGGUGGCCUAAAAUAGAAGAGAUAAGUGGGAUAUUGAAUAGAAAACCUCCACUGUGGGGUAAAUGUAUUUGGAACGUCCUUGAAGACAUUCAAGCUACAAAAGUAUGUCAAAUGAUUUGGAAUAGAGUGGAAGGUGAUCAGAUUUAUGAUUUGCUGAUAAAUAAGCUUGGAAUAAUGGAAAAAAGCGUGCUGUGAAGAAGAGGGCAGAAGGUUGAUCAUGAGCUCAAGCUUCAAAUGUGCACUCAAAGUAAACUACCAGAUACUCAUGGAAGACUGAUAGAGGUUGCAACCAAGAGCAUGGCUGGAAUGACGAUACUUCAAGUACUUUUAGCCGUACUUGGAAGUACACAAAUCCUUCGCGCUGAACCUUCAGUUUCUCCAGCUGUUAAAAAUGGUGGAGGCUCAAGCUUGGCAAGUGUCGUCGCAGGAGGUAGCAAACCUGCCCGACCGUGGGAUAAGCCUUCUUUCGACGACAUCUCUCAGAAAAACGUCACAGCUAUUGUAGGACAAAAAGCUGCACUCAGUUGUCACGUCAAGCAUCCAGGAAACCGUACGGUUAAUUUCGGAGCAUAG